CAAGGUCCAACAGGCAUAGGAGUACUCUGGGAAAUCGGAUCACCGGAAGCGAAAUAAACUAACCACGUUUGAGCGAACUUGGGUCUGGACGUGCAGAUUUCUACCAUGCUCGUUUUGUUCGAAACGCCGGCGGGUUAUUCGUUGUUCAAGGUCACGGAUGAGAAAAAGUUGAAAAAGACGGACGCCGAUGAUAUUCAUGACACGUUUUUUUCCGAUUUUGGCAAGGCUAGCAAAUUCUUGGAAAUGGUGUCGUUCAAGCCUUUUGCCGACACUGCCGAUGCCGUAUCAGCCGCCUCCGCUAUGGUUGAAGGCAAGGUGAGUAAGUCGCUCACCAGUUUUCUAAAAAAGAAACUAAAAAAGUCCAACGACUUGAGCGUAGCCGUCGCCGACAAGGCAAUCGCGGCCCCACUCAAAGAGUCAGUUCGUGAUGACCUCAAAAUUGUGCACGACAGCAAAUCGCAGGAAAUAUUUCGUGGCAUCCGUGCGCACAUGGAUGAAUUGCUUACCAACGACGAUUCAAACGUAACCAAAGAAGAUUUGCGCGCGAUGCAGCUUGGUCUCUCUCAUUCACUGUCGCGGUACAAGCUCAAAUUUUCCGCCGACAAGGUGGAUACCAUGGUCAUCCAAGCCGUGGGCUUGCUGGACGAACUUGACAAAGAAAUUAACACAUAUGCCAUGCGUGUCAAGGAAUGGUAUGGUUGGCACUUUCCUGAGUUGCAAGGGCUCGUUGGCGACAAUGCCAAGUACUCAAAACUAGUUCUUAAGGCCGGUAUGCGACCUACUUUCAAAAACUACGAUUUGAGUGAUAUUCUGGAAGAAGAAGACGUUGAAGCUGCAGUAAAGGAGGCUGCUGAAAUUAGCAUGGGCACCGAAAUUGCUGACUUUGAUAUUCUCAACAUUCAGUCUCUGGCUGAUCAAGUACUGAGCAUGACGGAGUAUCGGUCGCAACUAUAUGAGUAUCUCAAGAAUCGUAUGAACGCUAUUGCACCCAAUUUGACCAUUCUUGUCGGUGAAUUGGUUGGUGCCCGCUUGAUUUCGCAUGCUGGAUCGUUGAUGAAUCUUGCUAAACAACCGGCCAGCACAGUACAAAUCCUUGGUGCCGAAAAGGCACUCUUUCGCGCUUUAAAAACGAAACACGAUACUCCGAAAUACGGCUUGAUCUAUCAUGCCUCACUGAUAGGACAGGCAGCACCAAAGAACAAGGGAAAAAUCUCGCGCGUACUGGCUGCUAAGGCGUCUUUGGCCAUUCGGGUUGAUGCGCUGUCAGAUGAAACCGCUGAUCAGCUUGACACGACGAUUGGUUUCGAAGGCCGCGCCAAAGUAGAAGCCCGGCUUCGACAAUUGGAAGGGGGAGUCUUCGUGACCAACGGUAAUGUAUCAGCAUCCAAGACAGCCAGGUACGAUCCUGUGGCGGCCAAGACGGCCGCUGCUGCUCCUGCCUACAACGAUUCUAGUGACAUGGUAUUGGACGUGGGGACAAAUGGAAGUAAGACGGACGAGAAUGCGACAAAGAAAAAAAAGAAAGAUAAGAAAAAAUCAGACAAUGGAGAUGAAGAAUCACCGAAGAAAAAGUCAAAAAAGGACAAGAAGCGGAAGGCUGAAGCUGUCGACGACGAAGAACAGGAUGAUGACGAAGCGAAAAAGUCAGCGAAAAAGGCCAAGAAAGACAAGAAAAAGAGGAAGUCACAAGAAUGA